GCAGUUGUCAGAUAUACCUGUUUUGAAAAAAUGACGAAGAUAGUGAUUUUUCUAGCAAUGCUAUCAGUUAUUGUUCCUAUUGAUGGUUUGUUCGGGUCAUUUUUGCUGAACAGCCUUGGCUUGCCAUCACAAUUAUCAAGAAUUAUAUCUGAGAAGACUGGAUUACCAGAAGGUACUGAGCCAUCGACUGAAAAGCCUAAACCAACAACAACCACAACAAGCACAUCAACAACCACAACAACAACAACGACAACUCCAGCACCAACUACAACAAAACCAACCAAUUCCGUUCGUCCGGUAUUCCAAUCUGCAAUUCCCUAUUAUUUUGUACCAAUAUCAUCUAAUUCAGCUGGAAGAACUAAUAACUAUGUAAAUUAUUAUCCUUAUCAAUCUAAUAUUCAAACUAGCUCUUAUCCUGAAUCAAGUUAUUUUUAUAAUUCUAAUUUCUUGUAA